AUGUCUCUUAACCCUCUCAAAGCCACGGCCGCUGGCUGGCUCGUCAUCGCCCUCGGCCACACACUCAACGCCAAAGACUGGCAAACCCUCCCCCAAUUCCGCCAACUCCCCCGUCUAGCCUACACAUGCGGAACAAUCGGCUGGUACCAGGGUUCUCUUUUCUUCAUUAUGAAUGCAUUGAUUAACUACACCUGGGCUGAAAACCCCGCCCUUCUGGAUAUCCCGUUGAACAAGGUUAUUGCGGGCUUGAUGACCGGGAUUAUGUGGGUUAGUUCGGGGUGGUAUGCAAAGAAUGGGGUUUAUGCGACUGGGGCGGUUGUUGCUGCUAUGGGGGGCGUGCAGGCUUGGUCUGUUUUCGGUUGA